AUUUUUAAAUAAAGUGUUUUUUUAAAAUACAUAUAUAUAUAUAUAGCUAUAUAUAUUCAGUUUUUUUAAGAAAAAGGAAAUUUAUUUAGUUUGCUUUCCCAGUAUAUAAAUCUUGCAAUAAAAGUUUUUAUAUAUUUAGUCAGACAUUGGGAUCAUCGUGCACAAUUACAAAACCAAAACAACAACAAAAAACCUAUUAUUUCAUCAGAAAAAGGGUAAAUAUUAUAUUAAAUUGAUCAUAUUUUAGCCUUAAUAGUUAUAUAGUUUGCUAGACUAGUAGAUCUUGCAAUAGGGAUUAAUUGUAAAGUUUUUUAUAUAUUUAGUCAGACAUUGGGAUCAUCAGGUAACAUAACGAAAUCAAAAUUUGAACCGCCACAAAAACAACAACAAAAAAACACCAUCAGUUUAACAAAAAAGGGGUAAAUUAUACUAUUUAGCAUUGAUUAGUGUUCUAGUUCAAAAGGGUAUAUUUAUUACAAUUUAUAUAUAUUUGUGCUUCCUGUCUAUAGGUCUAGGUGGCAAGAGGGUGACUUACUGAUCCUGAUGAAGGAGAUAUCAGUAAGAAACCCCUUUCAAACAAAGAAAGGAUCACCGCAAAGAAGAAUGGCAUGGCAAGACAUUGCAGAAAAUUGCGAGAAGUCAAGCAUAACAAUUCCUGUUUCCGAAAGAGUGGUGAGAGAGAGGUUCCAGAUAGUAAAAGACAAGUUUUUAAGAAAAAUGAGGGCAGAAGAAAAAGGCAGUGGAAUCACAUGUACAUACAGUGAGUUGGAGCAGUUGAUGCAGGAUUUAAUUGAUUUAGAGCGCGACUGUGAGAAAGAAGCAACUGAGAGUAAAGAAGAAAACACAGAACAUGACCGCGAAAAAGCUAUAAAUAUAAGGAAAAGGUGUAUGGAAAGAAUGGGAGAUCCAGGAAAAAGAAAAAAAAACAAGGAUAAUGACAGGAUGGAUUUUUUUAGAGAAAGGAAUGAAUCUAUGAUGAGAGAUAGAGAGGAGGAAAGGAAGCUGAGAAAGGCGGAAUUGGACUUAAGAAAGGAAGAGACUGGUUUAAUGAAAGACCAGCAGAAACUUUUUCAAGAUUCAUUACUGCAAAUGCAAGCUCAACAGAGCCAAAUGAUGCAGUUGCUGUUACAGAAACUUGAAAAAUAAAACGUUUAUGUAUUUUAUAAAGAAUUUAUGAAUUUGCUGUCCGUAAGCGUAUAAAUUAAUGCAGGAUAAAUUUUUGCGAUAUUAAUUUUUGCGAUUAAACGUCCAAAAAAAAAAGAGUUUUACGGGAUUUAUUUUUGCCAAUUGAGCUCUCAGCAAGAAAAUAUACAUUUGCCUCAAUAUUGUUUCUUAGAAGAUUUGUGGCUAUAAAAAUAGCCGUUUUAAUUUCAAUCAUCCAGAUAAAUACGCUUCUAAUGUUGGGGGCUGGCAGUUAAAAAAUGUUGAUGUGCAAGAGCCAUAAAUACAGGUCCUUGCAUUACUUAAGAGAGCAGAUGCAAUAUACUGUUUUGAAACAGCACUUAAACCUAUCUUUUGCAUCUUUGAGUAGUCUGUAAAUUUGAAUCUUUCGAUAACAUCACCAAACACCCAUUUAACUGACACCCUGACUGAUGACAUGCGCUCAUUAUAAACACGUUCUUCUUCCAAUAGGGGAUUUUUAAAACCUGUUUGU